GUGAUUGACGUUUAAUAAAAGAUUCAAUUAAUUAGGCACUCGUUAGUGUUAUAAAAUUAUUGUUUGUUAAUGAUUAUUGAUCAUUCUAUACAUGUUUUGGCACUACGUAAAGCCAUAAAUCAAAAGAAAAAGAAGAAUAUUGAAUAUGGGGAAAACUUCAAAAGACAAGAGAGAUAUUUACUAUAGACUAGCCAAAGAAGAAGGUUGGAGAGCGAGAAGUGCUUUUAAACUACUACAAAUAAACGAAGAGUAUGAUAUUUUCAAUGGGGUGCUACGUGCAGUGGAUCUGUGUGCUGCACCAGGUAGCUGGAGUCAGGUUUUGACAAAGAAGCUAAGACAAAAUACAGACAACGAAGAAGACGUAAAAAUAGUAGCAGUAGAUCUGCAAGCUAUGGCAUCACUGCCAGGAGUGAAACAAAUCCAAGGCGACAUAACGAAAGUAUCUACAGCAAAUGAAAUUAUAAAAGAAUUUGAAGGAUUGAAAGCUGAUCUAGUGGUAUGCGAUGGAGCUCCGGACGUCACAGGACUUCAUGACAUUGACGAAUAUGUACAGUCACAACUUCUUCUUGCAGCUUUGAACAUAACAACGCAUGUUCUGAAGACAGGUGGAGUCUUUGUAGCUAAAAUAUUUAGAGGGAAAGAUGUUACUCUGCUGUAUUCGCAACUCAAACUUUUUUUUGAAUUUGUCACAGUAUCAAAGCCAAGAAGUUCACGGAAUUCAAGUAUUGAAGCUUUUGUAAUAUGUCAGAAUUUUAAACCACCGGAGGGUUAUACACCUACUAUGGUUAAUCCACUUUUAGAUCACAAAUAUUGUGAUUUUAACCAAUUUACUGGACCAAACAGGUUUAUAGUACCCUUUAAUGCCUGUGGAGACUUAAGUGCUUAUGAUUCUGACACAUCAUAUCCACUGGUAUUGGAAGGGCAAAGUUCAUACGAGUACAAGGAUCCGGUACAAAGCCCUAUUGAUCCUCCCUACAAGGACAUAUUAGAAAAAACUAAAUGUAUGCAAAUUAAUAAACAAUAAACAUUUAAAACCAUA